AUGGGCCUUCAAAGUUCGAAAACCCGAGUCGUGAUGAACCAGAUGACAGCGGGAUGGGGCAUGUGCACGCUACUCGAGCGACAAUGCGGAAAAACUCAACGUGUCGAUAUCGAGCCAGCAAGCAGUCAAAAGAUACUUCAAAAUGUGCCACAACACAUAUCAAAGAACCACGAUUAUUCAUCGAGAAUUCGACGAUAUAUUGGCCUUAGAAGUUUCCAAAACCGAGCUUUUGAAGGCGAAAAUAUGCGGGAGGGUCGACUGGAAGACAACCAUAGACGCCCAAAUACAGGUCACUCAAUUACAGGCUUGAGAUCAAAAGGAUGUGACAGCAGAGUAAGGAAUGGGUUCAAUGAAGAACUGGCCGUUGGGUCCGAGAGGAACAAGAACGACAUGUGUGAUUUGGGCGACAGUGCGGCUAUCUACAAUCUCAGGGCGACGGCACACAAAGACGAGAUCAAUCAGGAUCACAGAUGUUUGGUCAGGGUCGAGGUGCAGGGCAGCAUCCAAGCUGGUGGGAAGGUGAGCUUGCUCUUAGCGUCCACCGACAACGACAACGACGUGAACGACCGACUCCCGAAGCUAUUCUUCCCCACGAAAGUCCACGCAUCUUCGGCGCUUCGGUUAGGGGGGCACAUCGUCGACAUUCUGGUCACAGGCUUGGGCAACCCGACUUGA